AUGAGUCUCUCCUUGAUCGAAGACGACUUUAUCCUUGACCACGCAUCGGCUCCAGCGUCUCCCUCGCCUGCUGCGUCGCCGUCGCCAGCUGCGUCUCCCUCGCCGUCGCCACCGCAGUCGCCUUCACCGUCUGUCAUCUCGUACAAUUCCUCGGACUCGGUGCCUAACCCGAUUCCGUCGGCUCCAAUCAAUCUUAGCCCCUUCGUGACUGAGACUAUGGGAGUUCGCUCACCUCCUGCGUCAAUCAGCCCUACUGAGCCACUCUCUCCGCCCAUCUUCCGCUUUCUCCCGCCCAAGCCAGCCCGUGUCGACACACCGGCACUCCCUCAGAUCCUUCCGUACCCGCCAGGGCUCGCAACCGUCAAGAUCAUUUCGGACUAUCCGCCUAUCCUCCAACGCUUCUUGUCUACCAACUGCAACGACCUUGGUGGUCGCCAGGGUGCCCUCUGGCAGCUCACCAACAUCGGCGACACGCGCAUCGGCCCCGGUGUUACUGUCACCCAUCGUAUCCGCCGCGGAGUGGACUGUUAUGCUGACGUCGACCACUUCAUCGCACGUGGGCCCACGGACGCUCUGUUCCAGAUCAAGAUCACAGGCUGGCAGACGCCUGCCGGUUACUACGAGGCGCUGAAGCCCAUCAACGCCUUCCUCCUUGCUCCUCUCAUUCAUUGCGAGCUUGAGUACUCCGGCCGCCAGUGGUCUUACCUCAAGUAUCCGUUCCGGCUCCUUCAGCACACGAUCAACGCGAUUCAGCACGUUCACCGCUUCGUUAACGGCGACAACAAUAUCGUCCUCCUGCGCAACGACCACAUCACUGCAGCCAUUCUGUCUGGAUUUAACCGCACUCCAGCCCUCACGUCGUUCGAGCCAGGAUUCAGUAUGGGCAUCACGGUGGCGGUGCGCGACCUGCACGUUCCAGUUGGUGAAGGCAUGGUGCCGCGCCCAGUCAAGGGUUUUCAUGCUAAGCCUGGGCUGGUAAGCCAUACUGCCACCUCAACCACCAUCAUAUCAUUUACCAACAUAGAACAGGCUCCAUACCACUUCCAGUCCGCGCCCGCGUACCACGCUUAA